GCGGUUACCUGGAGACCGGAGCCGGGUCUGGGACGCAGAGAGCCCGGCAACACCUCAGCCCGAGCCCGGCGAGGUCUCUGGGCUCCUGGAGCGAGGUGAGCGCCCCAGGCCGCGGUCCUGCGUACGCCGGGACAGCCAUGGCGACUGGGUCCUGUUCCUUCCCGGCCGGACUGACGCGGCCUCCCAGGACCCGAGCACGUGCGUGAUGGGCGAGGAGGGCCUAGGCCGGGCAGACCAGUGCAGGGAGCCGAUUCUUCCCGGCUCACCGUAGACACAGGAGAGAGACGGCCUCUCCUUAAGCCCAGGAGAACAGAGGAAACAUUAGGAAACGCACUGAGAAACGAAAUUGGCUUGAUUUGUAGUUCACUUGUUUGUAGGUCACUGACAGAAGACCGAAAAGCUCGUAGUAAAGGCCCCUCUAAAUUUAGAGAGAGGUGGCAUCUCACUACGUGGCCUAGGCUGGUCUCCACCUCCUGGACUCACAUGAUCCUCCCACCUUGGCCCUCCAACGUGCUGAGAUCGCAGGUGUGAGCCACCGCACCCGGCCCUGAUAAAACUCAUCAGUGCUUUGAAACGAGCAGCUCUGAACCAAAGAAAUCAUUUGAUUCAAGUAACCAUUGGAUCUUCCCAAGGCAAUGGUGAAAGAAAAGAAAAAAGCAGACAAAAAAGGGGAGAAGUCUGCCCGCUCUCCCUCAUCUCUCUCUGAUAAUCUAGACUUUUCCAAACAAGAUGGCAACACCACUAGGCAAGAGAUGUCCCCAGCUGGUGUCCCAUUGCUGGGAAUGCAGCUCAAUGAAGUGAAACCCAAAAAAGACCCCCAAAACAUUCAGCAGAACGAAGAUGCCACCCAAUACGAAGAGUCCAUUCUGACCAAACUCAUAGUGGAAAGGGUAUGUUUUCAGAAGGACUCAUGCAUGGACAGGGGACUUAUAUUUGGGCCGAUGGAUUAAAAUAUGAGGGCAACUUUGUGAAGAAUGUCCCGAUGAACCACGGCGUGUACACGUGGCCGGACGGCAGCAUGUAUGAAGGCGAAGUGGUCAACGGCAUGAGGAACGGAUUCGGGAUGUUCAAGUGCAGCACCCAGCCUGUGUCCUACAUCGGCCACUGGUGCAAUGGCAAGCGGCACGGGAAGGGCUCCAUUUAUUACAAUCAAGAGGGUACGUGUUGGUACGAGGGAGACUGGGUGCAAAACAUCAAAAAGGGCUGGGGAGUAAGAUGUUAUAAAUCUGGAAAUAUAUACGAAGGCCAGUGGGAAGACAACAUGCGCCACGGGGAGGGGAGGAUGAGGUGGCUGACCACCAACGAAGAGUACACCGGGCGGUGGGAGAGGGGCAUCCAGAAUGGCUUUGGAACACACACGUGGUUUCUAAAGAGAAUCCGCAGUUCCCAGUAUCCUUUGAGAAAUGAAUACAUAGGGGAGUUUGUAAAUGGAUAUCGUCACGGACGUGGCAAGUUUUAUUAUGCCAGUGGAGCCACGUAUGAUGGAGAAUGGGUUUCCAAUAAGAAACAUGGCAUGGGCCGAUUAACUUUCAAGAACGGGCGUGUGUACGAAGGCGCAUUCUCCAAUGACCACAUAGCCGGGUUUCCAGAUCUUGAAGUUGAAUUCAUCAGCUGCCUGGACCUGUCUUCAGGAGUUGCCCCAAGAUUGUCCAGGAGCGCCGAACUGAUCAGAAAGCUUGAUGGCAGUGAAAGUCAUUCUGUGUUGGGAUCGAGCAUUGAGUUGGAUCUAAAUUUGCUCCUGGACAUGUACCCUGAGACAGUCCAACCUGAAGAAAAGAAGCAGGUGGAAUAUGCCGUCUUAAGAAAUAUUACAGAAUUAAGAAGAAUCUACAGCUUUUACAGCAGCCUGGGAUGCGGCCACUCUCUGGAUAAUACCUUUCUGAUGACAAAGCUUCACUUCUGGAGAUUUCUAAAAGAUUGCAAAUUUCAUCACCACAAACUAACUCUUGCUGAUAUGGACAGGAUAUUAAGUGCCAAUAAUGACAUACCAGUUGAAGAAAUCCAUUCUCCAUUUACAACAAUACUUUUGAGAACAUUUUUGAAUUACCUCCUGCAUUUGGCGUACCACAUUUAUCAUGAAGAAUUCCAAAAGAGAAGCCCAUCCCUCUUCUUGUGUUUUACAAAACUGAUGACCGAGAACAUUCGUCCAAAUGCCUGCCAGAUAAAAGGCAAUUUAUUCUGUGAGCAACAGCGGACGCUCUACUCUAUGAGUUACAUGAAUAAGUGCUGGGAGAUUUAUCUCGCCUACUGCAGACGCAGCGCAGCGCCUCCCCACGAGCCUACGAUGAAGAUGAGACACUUCCUCUGGAUGCUGAAAGACUUUAAAAUGAUAAAUAAAGAAUUAACAGCAGCUACAUUUAUGGAGGUCAUAGCAGAGGAUAAUCCGUUCAUAUAUGAUGGAAUUGACAGCAACUUUGAACCUGAGCUGGUUUUCCUGGAAUUCUUUGAAGCUCUCUUAAGCUUUGCAUUCAUCUGUGUUACUGACCAAAUGACUAAAUCCUAUACAAAUGUUCCAGCUGAUGAUGUGUCUGGAAAUAAACAUGAAACUAUUUAUACAAUACUAAAUCAGGAUGCCCCGAACAAGAGUCUCAGCGCGGUCAUGAGCCACGAAUCGGAUGCUGCUCACUCUGACAGUGCCAGGUCAUCUUCCAGCAAGUUAGAACUCUCGCGUGAUGUUAACAAAAUAAGGAAAUCAGAGCCCAAGAUCAAGAAGUCUGUAAGUGAUGAAAGAGUCUCCAAAAUGAAUUUUAAAUCGACUGGAAAAGGGAUCACCUUUUUCUCAUCUGAGAGCGAGAAAUAUGAGAGACCCAAGGAUGAUCGAAAGGAAGAGUUCAACACGUGGGUCAAUAAUAUGUACGUCUUCUUUGUGAACACGCUCUUUCACGCGUAUAAACGUGAAGAAGCUAUCAAGGAGAAAAUAAGGGCAGACAGGUUACGUAGCACAGCACAGGCCCAGCAGCGGAAGAUGGAAGAUGACGAACUGGAAGCAAGGCUGAAUAUCUUUAUCUUGAGAGAGGAAGAGGCCAAGAGACAUGACUAUGAGGUGGACAUCACAGUGAUCAAGGAGCCGGCAGACGUGUCAUCCUCCCAUCUCAUACUGGACCCUCCCAAGGAGGAUGUGACCGUGUCCCCAUCCAGCAAGACCAUCACCAGCAAGAAGAAGAAAAAGUAGAGAGACACGAGGACACACACACAGGCUGAGGACGGCACGUGCUGUAAGAUUUCCUGAGCAUUACAGUUCUUAGCACUGAACUCGUUGCAGUGUUUUCACAUACCCCCUGGCCCACUGCAUCUCAGGUUUCCUACGUGGCUGGAUUACGGGAGUUCGAGACCAGCCUGGGCAACAUAGUGAGACCCCCAUCUCUGCAAAAUUAAAACAUCAGCCGACCGUG